CGUUAGUCUAUAUAACAUAGGCAUUCUUUCCCAUCCGCCUUUUCUCUUUCUUCUUUCUUUCUACACCAAACAGCAACCACGACUCUUUCAAUUCGAUCAAACCAUACUCUCUCACCGAACCAUGUCGUACCUCCUCUUGCUUCGCGUCUCACCUCAGAUCCAGAUCCCGUUCCGCCGGGCUUUUGCGACUCCUCCACCUGAGCGAACUCCCAUGCCCGUGGCUCCCUCACCUGUGCCGGCUCCACAGAACGGCACCAUCAAUAGCUCCUCUUCAUCUUCAGGAACAAACGAUUGCUCACCCGGCAACCCUUCCGCAUCUUCUACUUCGGCGCAAGGGCCCGAUGAUGAGUCGAACAUGAAUCCCUUCUUAUUGAUGCUCAAGGGUCACAAGAAGCAGCGCCUGGCGAUUGCGACAGCACUCGCAGCGGCGGUCAGCGCCGACGCUAUGUUCACGUACUUUAUGUUUUUUCACGAACGCAAAGAAGGCGAGGCAGUCAAGACGGACACGAUCUUUGACGCGAAGGCUCAGAAGCUCGGGCCGCACUUAGUCAGCGAGGAGGGCGUUAGUCCCACGGAGAAGUGAUGACGGCAAUGGUAUCCGAUUUGGAUAAGAACAUCACGACCCUCCUCCACUAUUUUAUGAAUUGACAUGCAACCGCCCUUUUCAAAUGGUCCAACAGAACAAAACUCCCCGCUCUUCUUUAAGAUACGUCAUACCAAGAUAACUCCCCACUCUUUUGAAUAAAUACAAUAUAUU